GCCCCCACUCCUUCGCCAGCCGCGGCGGCUCUCGGCGCUGGCGCAGCGAUGGCGGAGGCCGUGGAGCGCACUGACGAGCUAGUCCGGGAGUACCUGCUGUUCCGCGGCUUCACGCACACGCUGCGGCAGCUGGACGCCGAGAUCAAGGCGGACAAGGAGAAAGGGUUCCGGGUGGACAAGAUUGUGGACCAGCUGCAACAAUUAAUGCAGGUGUAUGACUUGGCUGCCCUUCGGGAUUACUGGAGCUACCUGGAACGUAGGCUCUUCAGCCGCUUGGAGGAUAUAUAUAGACCCACCAUCAACAAGCUGAAAACCAGCCUGUUCCGCUUUUAUCUCGUCUACACGAUCCAGACAAACAGAAAUGACAAAGCUCAAGAGUUCUUUGCAAAGCAGGCCACAGAGCUCCAGAACCAGGCUGAGUGGAAGGAUUGGUUUGUCCUGCCCUUCCUGCCGUCCCCAGACACCAACCCCACCUUUGCUACGUACUUCUCUCGACAGUGGGCCGAUACCUUCAUCGUGUCUCUGCACAACUUCCUGAGCGUACUGUUCCAGUGCAUGCCUGUACCUGUGAUUCUGAACUUUGAUGCGGAAUGCCAGAGGACCAACCAGGUUCAAGAAGAAAAUGAAGUUCUUCGCCAGAAGCUUUUUGCCUUGCAAGCCGAAAUCCACCGCCUGAAGAAAGAGGAGCUGCAGCCAGAGGAGGAAGAGGCCUUGGUCCAGCACAAAUUGCCUCCUUAUGUCUCCAACAUGGACCGCCUGGGGGACUCAGAACUAGCCAUGGUGUGCAGCCAGAGGAGCACUUCCCUCUCCCAGUCGCCUCGAGUGGGUUUCCUGUCCUCGUUGCUGCCUCAGAGUAAGAAGAGCCCCUCGAGGUUGUCACCUGCCCAGGGUCCCUCGCAGGCUCCGAGCUCGGCCAAGAAAGAGCCCUUCAGCAGUCAGACCGCGAAGGGAAGGGACCCGGCGUGCGGGCCCAAGGACGGGAAGAGCCUCUUCGGCGGGCUGGCCUCUGGGGAGUCCAGCUGGUCCCAGCACCGGCAGCGGCGCCUGCAGGAUCACGGCAAAGAAAGGAAGGAGCUUCUGUCUAUGACUUUGCAGAGUGCAGAGAAGAAGCCUGAAACUAGUGGCCCGGAGGCCGAGUCCUGCCCAGAGCUCCACGUGGAGGCGCUGGAGACAUUGACGCGGGCUUCCGCAGCAAGCGCCGAGGGAGGAGGGGUCCGUCCUGAGCAGCCGUUCAUUGUGCUGGGGCAGGAGGAGUACGGGGAGCACCACUCCUCCAUCAUGCACUGCAGAGUGGACUGCUCGGGGAGGAGGGUCGCCAGCUUAGACGUGGACGGGGUCAUCAAAGUAUGGUCCUUCAAUCCCAUCAUGCAGACCAAAGCGUCCUCCAUUUCCAAGUCGCCGCUGCUCUCUCUGGAGUGGGCCACCAAGCGGGACAGGCUGCUCCUGCUGGGCAGUGGUGUGGGGACAGUGCGUCUUUAUGACACAGAAGCCAAGAAGAAUCUCUGUGAGAUCAGCAUCAAUGACGACAUGCCCAGAAUCCUGUCUCUCGCGUGUAGCCCCAACGGGGCCUCUUUCGUCUGUUCGGCCGCGGCUCCGAGCCUCGCUUCCCAGGUGGACUUCUCGGCUCCAGAUACCGGCAGCAAGGGUACUGACCAGGUUCCCGGCAAGCUGCUGCUGUGGGACACGAAAACCAUGAAGCAGCAGCUCCAGUUCUCCCUGGACCCCGAGCCCAUUGCCAUCAACUGCACGGCCUUCAAUCACAAUGGGAACCUGCUGGUCACAGGGGCGGCUGAUGGCGUCAUCCGCCUGUUUGAUAUGCAGCAGCACGAGUGCGCCAUGAGCUGGAAGGCCCACUGCGGGGAGGUCUAUUCUGUGGAGUUCAGUUAUGACGAGAACACCGUGUACAGUAUCGGCGAGGACGGGAAGUUCAUCCAGUGGAACAUCCACAAGAGUGGCCUGAAGGUGUCUGAGUACACCCUCCCCGCCGACGCCACGGGCCCCUUUGUGCUGUCAGGUUACAGCGGCUACAAGCAGGUUCAAGUUCCCCGGGGCCGACUCUUCGCUUUUGACUCGGAGGGAAAUUACAUGCUGACGUGUUCUGCCACGGGCGGAGUCAUUUACAAGCUGGGUGGGGAUGAGAAGGUUCUGGAGAGCUGCUUGAGCCUGGGCGGCCACCGAGCCCCCGUGGUCACUGUGGACUGGAGCACCGCCAUGGACUGUGGGACGUGCCUCACUGCCUCCAUGGAUGGCAAGAUCAAGCUGACCACCCUCCUGGCGCAUAAACUCUGAUGGGGCCCAACCCGAGGGAUGCCCACGGAAGCAGUAUUAUUCUGGGGGGUGUGGGGAGAUGGGACGGGAAGACAGGGCAGUCUGCUUCCACUCCUUGCCAGUGCGGGGAGUCUUCAGGGAGAGACUGGACGGGAGCCGGGAGCCGCACGGAGCCGUGGCACGAGUGCCCCGGAGACCCACAGGCUGGGCUGUGCCGCAGGCCUGCUCCGGGGGCAGGAGGAGAGCUCACGAAGCAGGAGACGCAUCGUGAUGGCUGCUCUGUUGGCCCAGGAGGGAUUGACAGUAUUUUGUAUAUAUUUGCUCGUUUUUCAUCAGUUUUUUAAAAAAAGAAUGCUCUCGCGGUCA